AGUCCAAACUGGGAUUUUUGACCCUGAUCUUGUGCACAGCCCAUACCCUGGUGUAUGGCGGGAAGAGAUUCCUCAACCCUUCAAGUCUAAGAUGGUAUCUUCCUUCAGCCUAUAUUUUAGCACUCGUCAUUCCUUGCACUGUGCUGGUUAUGAAGUUUAUACUCAUCGUGCCAUGCAUAGACAAGACUCUUACUCGGAUCCGCCAGGGCUGGGAAAGGAACUCAAAAUACUCAAAAUCAGCACUGAAAGGAAAAUCAGAUAUUUAAAGCAAAGUUGAAUUUACCAGGACUUCUGAACUAUAUAUAGUAUUGAAUGUUUACAGAAGAACAAUGGGUACAGUUAAGGAUGAUUUGUCGCUCACCAUGGCCUGAAGUUUAUCAGCACAGAAGGAAAUGUUGCCUGACUUUGAGAAACUGAUAGGUUGGAAGAGAAGCCAUUUUUAUCUCAGGUUGGUGAUAAAUCAGUGUAGGUCCCUGAUGCUUCUUUGUCAGAAACAAUGGGGAUAUGAUCUUUGUGGUUUCACACUAAGAAACAUCUUGAUUGUAGGCAACAUGCCUGAUGCAGUGUCUUGCAAAAUCCAGGAAAGGUGCAUGCAACUUCCUUCUCUGAUUCAAGGGUUGAGUUAAGUGAAAGUAAAAGCACAGUGGUGGCCACUGGUGAAGACUUUGCUGGCUAUGUCUGAAGAAGAGGUAAAAGGAAUGAGAUGCUUUUUUUCUUUUUUUUUUUUUUGGAAGUAAUGAUGAUCAUAAGUAUUGCCAUAGUGAUUUGGGAUUUUAUUUUUGUUUUUGUUUGUUUGUUUGGAGUUUUUUAUUUGUUGCUCUUCUCUUUUUUGUGCAAUCCUGGGGAUCCAAACCAGGGCUCAAUGC